AUUUCAGUAUUUGAUACAUCUGCUUUAAAAUGGUUAACUGUGAUCGCUCGUGGCGAUUCAGUUGGAGCACGUAGUGGACAUUCAGCUGUUUUAAGUGCAGUCGUUCCUUUAACACCACAGCCUGCAUUAGUAUUAAACAGUAAUUUAUACAUAUUUGACACAAAAAAUAAUACAUGGAUUAAAGGUUUUAAUGCAUCAGAUCUAGGAUUAAAUUCAGAAGAAACUUCGGACAAUAAGAAAGAUAAAG